AUCAUGGAGAAAUUCAGAGCGAAUUUUGCAGCCAGCAGACAUGUAAACCCUCCUGGCGCUGAACCCAGGCUUAGCGAGGAGCAAGUUUGGAAAGGGCUGGAGUUGAAAGCUCGACAACCAGAAAACUUCGUCGCUGUGAUCUCUUCAUGCGAUGUUCUAAGUGACACUGGAACCAAGGUGACCAGGGAAGUUUAUUUUGGUAACAAUCCACCGAUGAAAGAAGAAGUCGAACUUCAUCAUGGCACCAUCGCCUAUUUCGAUGCUGAGGCUGCCGGCAUUCGCAUCACGAAUGUCCUGUCUUAUGACGCAAACAAUGAACUGGUCCUUACAUUCUCCUAUGCUGGAGGUAUUCCAGGGUUCACCCCCGUAGGCGAACUUCACCCAUCCCCGCAUGAGCUUAACAGGGCUGUCGGGGUUGGUGUCGACCUUACGAUUGAGAGGAUCAGAGAGCUGGUCAAGGAAGGUGAACUUGUCGUUUGAAAUGCCAGAGUAUUUUUGGAAAAUGUAAAUAAUUUGUGACGACCCUUGUAAUAUAAUUAUUGAGUUUGAAA